AUGGAAAUAAAGGAAAAGAAUAAUAAACAAGAAGGAAUAAUUACAUUUCAUCGAGAUACAAUGAAUGAAUUAUUUAUAUCAGAAGACAAAUAUUUAUUAUGUUGUAUAAAAUUACAUCCAAUGAUACGAUUUAUUUUCUUUAUUAUAUCAUUUUUAAUAGGAUUAACGGCAUUAUUAUUAACACUUCCAUUAACAGGAUUAUAUGUUGAAUAUCCAGUAAUAUUAGGGAUGGUAUAUAUUAUUUCAAAACUAUUAUUAUAUAACCAGUUAGAUUUAGUACAUUAG